CAUAUUUUCCUUCUCUCUUCCCUGCACUUUUUUCUCUUUUUCUUUCUAAAUGCGUUUUUUCAUGAGGAACCGAUUAAAUAUGAAUAAGGAAAAGCAACUUUAAUGGCGAUGAAGUUUCUCUCUCUUUGUCUCUUUCGCUUCUUUUUUCCGGUAGAUCUCCGACUACUAGAAACUCUCUCUCUCUCUGUAAAUUUUUUUUGUUGAGUUUCUCUGUAAGUUGCAGAAAUUCUCUCCUGAUUCACCUAUUUGAUUCAUUGUUUUUUCAAUAGAGUAAGAAGAAACAAAAUCUUUCAAUUCUCGAUUUCUUAUGCGAAGAUCAGAGUUCUCCGAUUCUUGAUCUUCUUUGUUGCAGCUUCUUCAGAUCGAAUUCGCUUAAGUCAUCAAAAGCCACAUUAAGAGAUUGCAGAGCAUUGCUAUUUGCUACACACAGCGCUCUUUUCUACCUUUUAUUUUUAUUCUUAUGUAAAAAUUAACAAAAGACUCCCUCAUAUUUUGUGUAUUUCCAGAAAAUCCGCACUUUUUGGUAUAUGGGACUCCUCACACACGUUUUGUUAUGGACCCCACCGAAAUUAGACGGAUAACUCAUUCUCAUCUGCCAUCUGCUGCAGUGUGCAUGGUUUUAGGGCACGGUAUCGGGCAUCCCCAAAACCGAUACUCUUUUAGAAUGGAUCGGUAUCGGAUUGCCCAUAUUGUAUAGAAAUGCUCUUGAUUUAAAAAAAAUAAAAAAUAAAAUAAAUUGACCUUUUUACUCCUGCUUUGUGCCAUCUGGUUCAACCGAUACAGUAUCGGCCAGAUAUUGAGAUCGAAAACUUGUCAGACUGAUACGGAUCUCCCGAUACGAUACCGAUACUUAGAACAUUGCCACUUUGGUGAAGGGUGUUAAUGUGAAUAAGCAGAUACUCAAGGUCAUUGUAGUGAUUAAAAUUAAUUUAGGGGAUGAAGAAAGGAAAUUUAAAAGGUAGUCGCUUGAAAGAUUGAAUGAGCUGUCAAAUUGUGUAGUCCACUGGUUUUAACGCUUUUAUUUUUAUUUUUUUUACCAAAAAAACAGAAAAAAGGGUUUUAACGGCGUCAGUUAGUUCUUUCUGUUUCAAUGACUUCAAAGGUCCUGCAACAUUCCAAACCUUACUUGACCCUUCCCUGUAUAUGGUGUUUCUCACUUUCUCUCUGAAAUUAGAAAAACUAAGAGAGGAAAGGAAAUGGGGGAGAGCUGUGUUUGGUUUCUGAAUAAGAAGCGAUUUAAACGUUCUGUCCAUUAACGCAGGAACGAGGAACUUACCCUCUAACAGAGAAAGGGACAGUGGGAGAGAAAGAGUGGUUCUGUUGGCUGUGAUGAGUGAAGUUUUGAUGCAGGGUCAAUCUGCAACAAUGGAUAAAACUGCUAAUGUGGUGUUGGAUAUUGAGAGCUUAGUACAAUCAACAGAUAAAAGCUCAGGAAGCCCCAAAUUGACUAGAGCACUUUCACGGAAAGGCUCUUGUCGGAUGGAGAGACGGUGUGGUAUGGAGGUGGAAGAAAUAGAUGAAUCAUCAAAAAAGAUUCUUUUGAAAGUGAAUUCACCGCUGGAGCCACUGAAGCAGCCAUUGAUCACAAACAAAGGUAGCACAACAGCCACAGCUACCCUUAAUGGCCCUAAUCUCAUAGAGUCCAGUGAUGGACGGAGUAAGAGAUUCAAUCGCCUCACAUCAGUUAAUCCAAGGAAUAUCCUUCUCUUCUUUGCAACAAUGUCUAGCAUGGGCACAAUGAUUCUCAUCUACUUCACGCUGGCCAUUAACAGAAAGGUUGGGUUUCAGAGAGGGUAGAACAUCAACAAUUCAUUACAAGAGAAGUUGAUGGGAUCAAAGGGACUUCCUCACUCUUAUCUUCUCAUUCGUAUCUCUUUACCUGGGGGAGGCCACAGUUCCAAACAAGAGUGGAAACUUGCUGAUGAACUCGAGGGUUCGUCAAAUCCCCGCUGUUAGAAGUGUUGAAUGGUUUCAUUGCGAUCAAUUAGCAGAAAAGUGCAAUGAAGUUACAGUCCCACAUGUUUGUUCUGUUUAACACACAUUGUGAGAUAAUUCCCUAUGGAGAACCGUCCUUUUUCAUUUGGGGAUGGUGGGGCAUUUGUAAUGCAGGGGCUAGAGCCUAGGGGACAUCUUUUAUAUCGUAAAGACUUAUCUGUUUCAAUCAUGCAUAAUGAAAUUCCUUUUUCUCCCA